GCAAGGCCUUGCUGACGGUGUGGCCAGUGUAGUCACAGCCUUGGGCACAGGGGUGGGACAUUAGCCAUAGUACAUUCCAGUGUGGGCAUUAUUGUCCUGCUGGAAGUUCCAGUGUGGGCAUUAUUGUCCUGCUGGCCAAACCAGGAAUCUGGUUUUGUCAGUCCAACUGAGAAACCAUUUCUUAGGAAACUUUUCUUGAACAACUACUUUUGCCAGGCAUUGACAUUCAGAAUAAUAUAUGCUAACAUCUUCUAGGCCAGCAUUUCCCAAACCAGGUGCUGUGGAAUCCUAGAUGUUAAUAAGGGACUCCAUAGUAAAGGAUUCUGUGCUUGCUUUCAGGGAAACAUGCAAACUAUCUUGGGUAGUUUGAUGCCUUGAGCAUAGCCCUUCCCCUGUCCCUUGCUCUCUACUUGUCCGCUGUUGGGGGAACUAAAGGAUUCCGUGAGGGAAUUGCCUGGCUGUCCAGUGGUUAGGACUUGGCGCUUUCACUGUCGUGGCCCGGGUUCAAUCCCUGGUCAGGGAACUAAGAUCCUGCAAGCCACGCAGUGCGGCUGAAAAAAAAAAAAGGAUCCCUUGGGGAAUUGGCCCACCCCUAAAUAUUCCAAAUAUAGUCUAAGUACAUUAGGGAGCUUGUUAGAGAUGGAGCUCCCCCUUAAGUUCCCACAGAGCUGUGCUAGCAGAACCAUUCUCAGCUCUCUGACGCAGGCAAAGUGAGAGUGUCCCUUGUCCUUGGAGAUCGGGUUGAGCAAAGGACCUCUCUUUCAUGUCAUCAGGAACUCCCACAAGUGCUGUGCCAGAUCACGUAUUACACCAGGACAGGCCAAGUCACGUAAGGAAGGAAGCCCUCUGGCUGUGUGAUCUUGGGUUAGAUACUUCAUCUCUCUGGGCUUAUGUCUCCAUCUGUAGACUGGGUAAUUGACUGGUCCUCGACACUGAUGAUAUUUAUCAAAGGCCUUUUCUCCAUCUAAUGUUUGUCCCCCUAUGUACACGUGCACUCCAGUCGCUACCACAUCACCCAGUUUUAUUAAGUUUUGUAGAGGGUUUUUGUCAGAAUAAACGUGUUCUGGAGAGGAGCUGGGGUAGCCCCUAAAACGACCUAGCCUGCCUGGGAGCCAAGACUUGGUUCUGCGGACUCCCACCAUUAACUUGCCACCGUUAACUUGCCAGGCGCACUUGGUCAGAAGAGUUCCGGUCUGAUCGUCUGGGUUUGUGGCCCCCUCCUACUCCACUCUCCAAGGCUGGCUGGGGCCACGUGGCCCUGCCCCGCCCUUGCUGGCUCCAGUUUCUGAGUCAGUUGCAGUGGCCUGCUUUCCCCGCCCUUCCCAUCAGUCGGGAAGCCUGGAUUGUGGGCUGGGGGAAGCCACAGCUUUUCCCACCUGGCACCCACUGCCCCCAGCUCCUAGGUACCUGUUCCAAGCCCUAGAAAACUUCAUCCUGGUAUGUGAACAGAGCCAGAUUUCACACUGAGCAGCUGCAGACAGAGAAAUCAGAGAAAGCACAACCCAGCCUCAGAUUCCGAGGGGCCUGCUGGGGACUCUCUCCUCCUGCUUGGAAGGAAGACCCCGAGGCAGCCGUUUCAGGCCAGGUCUUGGCUGCCAUGGGACUCACAGCCACCGCCCCCCGGCUGCCCUCUGCACUGCCAGGCAGAUAAGGGUGAGCCCUGCCCAGGAGCACCUGCCGCCUCCUGCUGGGCCACUCCUCCGUGGCUAGUCCUUCCUCGACUUUGGGCCACCUUUGCUGACCCGAGGCCAUGUAGGCCCCACUCAGGCCUCUGUGGAUAGACACAUUGCUGGGGACACCACCUCUGCUCUCUGGGAGACCCAGCGCACCACCAUGCCCCGGGGAUUCGCCUGGCUGCGCUAUCUCGGGAUCCUCCUGGGCAUGGCCUUGGGGAACGAGGGUUUGGAGGUGUGGCCCUUAACCCGGAGCGAGGAGUGUGCCAUCACUGGCUUUCUGCGGGACAAGCUGCAGUACCGGAACCGCCUUCAGUACAUGAAACACUACUUCCCCAUCAACUACAGGGUCAGUGUCCCUUAUGAGGGGGUACUCCGAAUGGCCAACGUCACCAGGCUGCAGAGGGCCCGGGUGAGCCAACAGGAGCUGCGAUAUCUGUGGGUCUUGGUGAGUCUCAGUGCUACUGAGUGGGUGCAGGAGGUGCUGCUCGAGGGCCAUCCAUCCUGGAAGUACCUGGAGGAGGUACAUACGCUGCUGCUGGAUGUCAAACAAGGCCUCCCGGGUGUGGAGGUCAGCCCCCAGGUGGAAGCAGUGUUGUCUCUCCUGAGUGCCCCAGGAAGCCUGAAGCCGGUGCGGCCCAAAGCUCUGCUGGACAACUGCUUGCGGGUCAUGGAGCUGUUGUACUGCUCUUGCUGUAAACAAAGCUCUGUCCUGAACUGGCAGGACUGUGAGGUGCCAAGGCCUCAGCCUCACAGCCCAGAGCCCUCGUCACAGUGUGUGGCCGCCCAGCUGUACCCCCUGCGCCAGCAGCCCCCCACCUCCCUGCCCCACUCCCCGGCAUCCACGGCUGGAGCCCCGGCUCAGUGAAGCUGCUGAGGGCACAGGGCGAAGGCCUCCUGCCCUGAGUGGCCUGCAUGGUAACUGGGUGGGGCAGCUGGAGGAGCUCCUGCAGGAGAUGGACUGGGCCUGAGGCUUCUCUGGGUGGUGGUGGGGAGAUCCUCUUGGGAGAGGAGACCCUAGAGGGGUAUUUCUCCUUUGAGGGGGACUCAGUGCCUGAGAAGGGUUCAGCUUCCCGCCUUCCAUACCUCCCAUGGUCUCACCUGGUGCGGUGGGCGCUGGGGGGCACCUGAAGGUCAAUGAAGACAGAGCCUACGGCCCCUCCUGGCACUGCCCGGGCUGCCCCCUUCCCUGAGGGCAGGGCUGACGGUCUCCUAAGCCCAAAGAGGUGAGAGCUGUACCAGGUGGGCAUGGUUGGGGGGGGACACGACUCAGCAAGGCCAGGGAGAGGGCAGCAAAGCUGGGGAGAGGGCAUAGCCAAAUGCCACAUCUUGCCACAGUUCCCUUUAUUUUUUCUAUUAAACACCUGCUUUGUUUUGGUUUGUUUUGGUUUGCUUUGCAUCUGCGAGGGUGAACCUGGA